AUGAGUAGUAUAACUCUUAAUAGUAAAAUUAUCAACCACUAUGAUCCACUUUUCACUACUCCUUUCAAAUUGACAGAAUGCAAUUGCAACGGAAAAGCUGACAGUUGCGUUUACAACCAAACCGUGGCUAAUAUGAGAUUGAGUAUGCGAAAAGAUGGAGUUUACGAAGGUGGUGGAGUGUGCGUAGAUUGCCGGGAGGAUACAACUGGGAUCAACUGUGAGAAAUGCAAGCCCGGUUAUUAUCGUCCAAUCAACGUGAGACCGGAGUCCCCGUUCCCGUGUGUCAAGUGUGAAUGUGACUCGUACGGUUCGACCGGAGAAUGUGUGACGAAUGAUGCUGAGGUGCCCGAACGGUAUCCGGGCGAUUGUAUCUGCAAAGAAGGCUUUACCGGGAAGCGAUGUGAUCAGUGCGCCGAGGGCUAUCGACGCGCGAGGACCGAUUCACGACGCUGUGUGCCUUGUGCAUGCGAUGUGCGUGGCAGUCAUCGUGGAGGAAGUUAUCAAUGUGAACCACCGUGUAAUUGCAAAGUUAAUGUGAACCCCGAGUCCAAUUGUCGUCAAUGUCAACCAGGACAUUUCAAUUUGGACGCGAACAAUCCGGAAGGUUGCCAAGCCUGUUAUUGUUCCGGUUUGACGGACCAAUGCACUGGAAUCAGUCCAACCACAGCCUUGGUAUCCACACUGAGUGAUUGGCGUAUUAUCAUUCCUAGCGCUCCAUCAGAUAGUGGCUUUUCCGUGCCGACCAUUGGCAGUGUCGAUGAUGAUAUGGACAUUCCACCAAUCAGUGCUGAUCUUCGAACCGUGGAAUCGUGGCUUAGCUCGGUUACGCUUCGUCCGGUGGAUCGAGGAUACUACUGGUCUGCUCCGGCCGCUUACUUGGGUAAUCAAAUCACCGCCUAUCGAGGUUCACUGCUCAUAAUUCUACGACUUCAUUCUCCGACUAUGAUCAGUUUCUUCGGUUCGGGACCGCCUGACCCGGCUCGUCGGGAUUCCUCGGCAGCUUCACUGGUCGUGCGAGACCGUUUGCACUAUCUUUGGCUUUAUGAACCAGAUAUUGUUCUUGAGGGUAACGGAUACCGUCUGGCGCAUAUUCUGCCCUCAAAUUACCGAGACAAUCAUAUGAUUAUUCAAUUGCCACUUCAUGAAUCCGCGUUCCGUGUCCUAAUCGAGCCGCCUUCCUCGGUUCCAUUGGACAAAGUCCCGAUCGGCCUAGCCCAAGGUGGUCAACCGCAACAGUCAGACUACGAUGACACGGAGGAUGAGUACGAGCGAAUCGGGAGACCGGCCACUGUGUCAGACUUGAUCACGGUAUUGUCGAAUCUGGAUCGUCUCCUCAUUAAAGCCAAAUACAUCAAUGAUCAGACCAUGGUGGAACUGCGUUCUGUCAAACUUGAACGAGCCAUUGGCGAUCCGUUUGGCGGAAUACCCAGUCUGGAAGAAUGUAUCUGUCCUCCCGGUCAUGUGGGCACGUCUUGCGAAUCAUGCGCCCCCGGAUACUGGCGUGACCCGAAACCGCAAUCAAAUGAGACUANGCGCUCCACACGCGCUCAACCGAUGUGUGUACCUUGUGAAUGUCAUGGACAUUCUUCACGAUGUGAUCAAAAGACCGGGAAAUGCAUAGAUUGUCAACAUCAUACAUCCGGUGACAAAUGCGAUCAGUGUGCUCCCGGUUACUAUGGCGAUCCGCGAUCAGGUAGUCCGACAGCGUGUCGACCUUGCGAAUGUCCAAGCUUGAACAAUCAGAAAACGCAGUCGUGUUUUGCGCACGAACGUGACCCGCGAGUUGAAGCAGCGCUAGAAGUGGAGGACAAGCCGUAUGUGUGUUUAGACUGCGAAGACAACACCCGAGGUCGUUACUGUGAAUUGUGCGCAGAAGGUUACUAUGGACAACCGAUUCUUGGAAUACCUUGUAGAAAGUGUGAUUGCGGUCGUGGAGCGAUCGGGUGUAAUGCGACCACCGGGGCUUGUAUCUGCGGAUUCAAUACUGCCGGACCACGUUGUGAUUCGUGUGCUGAGGGAACGCAUGGAGAUCCAAUGCUUGGGCAAGCUUGUCGACCUUGCAAUUGUCAUGAGAAAGGAAGUGUGUCACCCACAUGUCGUGCCGGUGACGGGCAAUGCACAUGCAAACCAGGCUACGAGGGAGUUCGUUGUGAACGGUGCGUCAUUGGUCGUGGGAAUGUGGAAGCUGGUUGUCCGCCUUGCCUUUGCCAUCAGAUGGGCACCAGGCCAAAUGCCCAUCCUCCGUGUGACCCAAUAACCGGUCAGUGUCCCUGCAAACCGGGUGUUGGUGGAACAUUGGAUUGUUCUCAAUGUAAACCUGGCUAUUUCAAUCUCGGACCGAGUGGAUGUCAAGGUGAGAAAUAUUCAAUUUGGGGGCACUCACAUGUGCGGGUAGUGUUACACCAUCUUCGAAGUGCUCGUCUGACUGCUUUCUGA